CCUCUAGGGCUCACCUGCUCAUCCUCCAUGGCUUUUCACAAACUCCUGGAGGAAGUCGGAGGCCUGGGCCGAUUCCAGAUCCUUCAGACGCUUGUCCUUUGCGUCUCCUGCCUCUUGGUGUACCCUCUUCUUCUGUCGGAGAACUUCACCGCGUUUGUCCCCGGUCACCGCUGCUGGGUCCACAUCCUGGACAAUGACACGGUCUCUGCCAACGGCACUGGGACCCUCGGGCAAGACGCCCUCCUCAGAGUCUCCAUCCCACUGGACUCGGACCUGAGGCCGGAGAAGUGUCGCCGCUUCCUCCACCCCCAGUGGCAGCUCCUUCACCUGAAUGGGACCUUGUCCAACACGAGCGAGCUGGCCACGGAGCCCUGUGUGGAUGGCUGGGUGUACGACCGGAGCGCCUUCUCCUCCACCAUCGUGAUGCAGUGGGACCUGGUGUGUGACUCUGCGUCCCUCAACUCAGUGGCCAAGUUCUCGUUCAUGGUGGGAGCGCUGGUGGGAGGCAUCCUCUAUGGCCGUUUAUCAGACAGGUUUGGGAAGAGGUUGAUGUUCAGAUGGUGUCUCCUCCAGAUAGGCCUCACUAACACCUUUGCAGCCGUGGCUCCCAACUUCUUCAUUUAUUGUGCCUUACGCUUCCUGGCUGGGGUUCCUACCAUGAGUAUCCUGGCAAAUUGUUCUGCACUCAUUGUGGAAUGGACAGUGCCCCGAUUCCAAGCCAUGACAAUAAUAGUGUCCAUCUCUGUCAGUUGUCUAGGACAGAUGAUCUUGGGAGGCCUGGCUUUUGCCCUUCGAGACUGGCACACUCUUCAGCUAGUGCUCUCUGUACCAUUCUUUGUCUUCUUUGUGAUAUCAAGAUGGUUGGUGGAGUCUGCUCGGUGGCUGAUUAUCACCAACAAACCCGAGGAGGGCUUAAAGGAGCUCAGAAAAGCUGCAUACAUGAAUGGAAGAAAGGAUGUUGGAGACGCCCUCACCAUGGAGGUUUUGAGAGCCACCAUGCAGGACGAGCUGGAGGCGGCCAAGACCAAACCGCUGGUGUUGGACUUGUUCCGCUCGCCCAACUUGCGUAAAAGGAUGUGUCUCCUGUGCUGCACGAGGUUUGCAAUCUUCUUACCCUUGUAUGGCCUGGUUCUCCACCUCCAGCACCUGGGGAGCAAUGUUUUCCUGUUCCAGGUUCUCUUCGGGGCAGUCUCCCUCCCAGCCAAUUACAUUGCAUUUCUGGCGCUGAAUCGCCUGGGCCGGCGAGGAAGUGAGGCGCUUUUCCUGCUCCUGCUGGGGAGCUCCGUUCUGGCCGUCACGUUUGUGCCUCGAGAAAUGCAGACCGUGCGUCUGGUUUUGGCAACUUUGGGAACAGGAAUGUGUAUGGCUGCUGUCUCCAGUGCUGUGACCCACACGAUAGAAUUACUUCCCACCGUGAUCAGGGCAACAGCUUCAGGAAUCAUAGGGAUUGUCGGUAAUAUGGGGGCAGCCCUGGCUCCCCUCCUGAUGAUCCUGACCGUGCACUCUCCCCACCUGCCCUGGAUCCUCUAUGCAGUCGCCAGCUUCAUCCCUAGCCUUAUUGUCUUCCUCCUUCCUGAAACCAAGAAUCAGCCUCUGCCUGACUCCAUCCAGGAUGUGGAAAAGGAGAGAAAAGGCUCACGGAAAGGAAAACAGGAAGACACCCACGUGAAAGUGACCCAGUUUUAAGGAAUUCCAGCAAUGAAGUGCUAAUCAGAGGGCCAGACAGAGGGGAGGGGAAUGGGAUCAUCCUUUGAUAUAGGCAACUUUUGGGAAAGAAGUAAAUAAAAAGCUAUAAUGAAAAAGUGGAUUUCAUCUACCAUUGCAGUACAAAACAAGUAUAUAUAGAAUACCUAUGAUUAAUCAUCAUAAGAAGUUCUCAGAGCCCUGGCCAAUGUGGCUCAGUUGGUCAGAGUGUCAUCCU